ACCGGUAGUCCGCUAGUGCAUCCAUUCCAUCCCCAUCUGGUUUUGUCACUCCGCCGUAGGAGGUGAGAUCCGGGCAGGCGUCGAUGGAGGGGAGCUCGGGGCCUCGCCGGAGUUCCACCCAGGAUGUAGGCAGCCCAGCCGGUGGAGCCGACCUCAUCAGCGCCCUCCCCGACGAGGUGAUCCUCCUCUUCCUCGCCCGCCUCCCCUGCGCCAGCGCCGCCGCGCGCACCGGCGUCCUCUCCCGCCGGUGGCGCGGCCUCUGGUCCCUCCUCCGCCAGAUCGUCUUCCGCGACGUCCCCUUCCCCUCGCUCGAGGCGGCGCUCGGCCGCGUCCUGCCUCCCCCGCACGCCGUUUCCCUCCUCGAAAUCUGCGUCCCCAUGGAACAGAGUACAGACAGCGCCGGCUUCAACUCGCUGCUCCGCGCCGCCGCGCGGCUGGAGCCGGAGAAGCUCGACUUCCGCCUCCCCUCCCACUUAACCGACCUGCCUUCCGGAAGCCGUAUCGCGGUCGACCUACCUUGCUCGCACCGCGCCACCUCCAUCUCGCUGGGCCUGUCCACCCCCUUCUCCCUCCGCAUGCCAGCCGGCGCCCAGUUCCCCGGAAUCGAGGCGCUGUCCCUGUCGGACUGCACUACCGAGCUCGACGCCUUGCUCUCCUGCUGCCCGCGCCUGCGCACGCUCAGCGUCACCAGGGGUUUGUAUCCUAACUACAAGUGCGACAUCAGGGUCAACUCCCCGUCGCUGCAGGAGCUUGCUGUGCACCACCGGGAGAGCGAGACACAACAUGUGGACAUCGUUGCGCCCGCGCUUAAACAAUUGGCCCUCUCAUUUUCCAAUGGUGGGGAGAUCAGCAUCUCCGUCUUGGCACCAAUGGUGGAGAAGGUUUCGUGGCACUGCUGCUACUUGGGGCACCGUAUUGUAUCUGGUCUUUGGAGCCUCAGGAAGCUGAAGCUGCGGCUACAGACGGCAGAGAGACAAGGACAGCUAUCCUCGCUGCAGAUUCAUGCCCGCGCGGACUUGUCUUUCUUACACGCUCAGGGGGACAACUUUACGCAGGAGAUAGGGAAACAUAUUAUGGUUGCUCCCUUCUCUUGUUUAGAGCUACAUCUCACAGCAAAGGGGCAUGCUUAUGGAGGGUUCGUCUUUCAUCUCCUUAGGGUCGAUAGAAUUCAUGCUGCUACGCGGAGGCUUAAGCUCAUCCUGAACAGAUCAGCGAUGGAAGGAGGAUGCCCACUACAUUGUCCCUGUGAGUUUCGGAACUGGAGGUUCGAGACUAUCUCCUUGCCUGCUCUGGAAGAAAUGGAGUUCAAUGGCUUCCAAGGAGAGGAUCAUGAAUUUGAUUUAUUGCAAUUGAUACUUGGAUGUGCGCCGACGCUGAAAAGAAUGGUUGUGCAUCUGUCAAAAGAGACCUCGGCAAGUCAUGAGGGAUGCGCAAAGAUAUACAGCAUCUUUAAGGCGUGUUCAUCUGUGAAAUGCGAUGUUUAUCACAGCUCCGGGUUAAUGCACGGCAGCCAAAAUUGCCCGUCGAUGAGAUUCUCGGGUGUGUUGAUUUAUGGUGCGCAUUGACAAGGCCACAGGACCUUGCUUGAUUGCUUCAACUGAUCUGGCGUGCUCUUUCGACAGUGUACUAUACGAGCUCAGUUAAAUAUCGUGUGGUAUUGAUUUGCCUAUUGAAGUUGACUGCACUCUACCUAUAUCUUAGGUCAAUUACUCGAAGCUGACUGCCAACGGGGGUAAAAUGAUCUGCAGUGAAUGCUCAACUUACAGCUCUUUCUGCUUAUAUCUGUUUUUUUUUUUUUUUUUUUUUUUUUUGCGAGGGUGCUUAUACCUGUUGUUAGAUGAACCAGAUGGCUCUAUGAUAGCUAAGAAUAAUCAGGCUAAAUACGCACUACGUGUUGCUGCCUUGUUUUUA